GACAUUAAAGAUGGCGUGACGCAAGGAAGGCGUAAGUCAGUGACGGAAUCUCGUUUUCCUCCCAAAACCGAAUGGAUUUUAACGUCACCUUACAACAAUCGGAGACUGAAUAUAUUUCCCCAUGAUCGAGGGCUGUGAAUGAGUACACUUUUGCUGCCAUGGGAGACGAACCACCCCCACUGCCACCCAAGAUGAGGUCUUCGACAGGUGUGCGCUACACGGAGCAGGACAUGGCCAAGGCUCUGGAGGAGGAAAACAAGGAGUAUGAGAGAAUCAGAAGGGAGCUCGGGCGUUCUCACUCUCAGAGGCAGGCUCCACUGAGGGAGAAUGGACUCCAUGAUGCACCGAGGUCUCAGACUCCUACUGAAAGGCACAGUAGACCAGUAGAAGUUAAGCCAAGGCCUCGACCAGGUAACAAGCCAGCCCAGCCUACACCUAAGCCACGCACUAUUAGCCUCACUCAGAACGCCCCAAAAGCACCUGCCAAGUCAAGAUCUGCCUCGCAAUCCAUGUACAGCCAUUCACUCAUUGCUGCAGAAUCGGUUUCUGUUAGUAGGGCCUCCCCAACCAGCACAAUUGCAGAAAGUGGUAAUGAUCAGCAAGACUUGAUAUCUUUCAAUAGCCCUGAGAAACCAAAGAAUGACAUCCUGGAGUAUCUCCAUACUAUUAAUGCAAACCAGAAGUCAGUGGUACCUGUGUCUACUUCUCAGGGAACGUACAGAGUGCACAGUAUAAGUAGACAAACAUACAGCUCUCACCAUUCAACUUCUGUGGGACCAACAGCAAGUCUAGCAACAUAUCAAGGUGCCAUGACUCCAAUGUUUUCUGGCUCUCAGUGUCCAGCAAUCACUCAAAAUGGAACUUCUUAUCCCAACUACAGCCCGACAUCCACAGGAACCUCAUACAGACCAACAUUACCUACAGUGCAACCUACAACUAGUAACCUUAUCCUCAACUACCCCAGUAGCCUUGGACAGUUAGUACCAGUGAUGCCGCCCUUACCCCAAAGAUGCCCAGUGGUUGACCUUCACAAUGUAGGAAAUAUGUUUAGUCAGCUGACAAUGCCUAAGGGUGCAACAGGUUCCCCAGUGGGGACGCCAACCACUGCUGGGGUAACACUACCAGACCCAGCAAUAAGUGCCUCUUCUGCUGGAAGAAUUGUCAGUGCAUCCAACAGUGAUGAUCUCAUUGACUUGGGGAAGGGGGGGAGUUUUACGGAUAGUGUAGAUGCCUUAGAAACAAAAACCAGUGUCUUAGAUGUGUUCGAUCCCAUUAUGCUUAAAGCCAAAGAAGAGUUGAGGAGAAAAAAUAAUUCUGCUUCCAAUAGUGUAAGUAGUAAAGAGCACCACCCUGACCCAUCUUGCGUCCCCAUCAGUGACGAGGCCCAGGAACUACUUCGUUACAAGUGCUCCAAAAAGCUUAAUGAUGACGAGAUGAGCUACUAUGAGCAAGUGGACCCCUUUGAGUACAUGCACCCUGGGGCAAGCAGCACGAGGUCUGACCCAGUCUAUGACAUUUACUAUGGCCUUGUUAGUCCUGGUGCUGUAGGGGGAGAAACAUUCGAUAUCCCUCCACCUCUUCCACCACGCUCAUCUGUCAAGGAGCCUGAGGUGGAGCUGCGGAAGAGUGUGCGCAGUCCACGUGCAGAGAAGAAGUUCAUGGAAAAGAAAAGAUCUGGCGUUGUACUGGAUGGGAAAUCAAGCACACGCCAAAUUCGCCUUCUCAAGAUUCCUGCCCUCAGUGCUGAUGAUGAGGCCAGAGCUUUUUGGGACUGCAUCAAGAAGCGCAGAGGGGAGUACACUUGGGAUGACCAUAUUGGCAACCCAGGCCUCCUGCACAGCGCAUGUCUCGAGGGAACCGUGGAUCCUGGGCUGAGUGUAAAAUUGUCGGUGUACUAUAAGGAGAGGGAACCCUUAGCCUUCACGUGUAAUUUGGAUUCAAGUGUAGAGCACGUUGUGAUGCACACAGUGUGUACCCUUGAGUUGCCAGGAGAAUCAGCAGACUACAUGCUGAAGGUCCGAGGGGUGGAUGACUACUUAUCAGGGGAGACUGUCCUUGGAGAGUAUGAAUAUGUACAUAACUGUAUAAAGUAUGACCAAGAUGUGGCCUUCACCCUUAUGCAUGCUGACUCGGUCAGACACUCUUACCAACGCACCCAAGAGGAUGACAUCGCUGUGUUAGAUGUACGAGUUGAAGACUUAAUGUCUGCAGGAUCUGGGGAGGUAGUGCACCAUGAGUCCCUGAUCAUUGUUGUGGAAACCUUCGAGACAGAGCUCACACGGCUCCAGAAUUCAGGAUUCCUCUUGGUGGAUGGUAUGCCACUGCAGGACCUGCCAUCUCCCAUGAGGUCUCGUAGGCUACGACAGGUGGUGAAACAGAUGUGUGCUAUCUUGGGGAACCUCGAGACAACAGAAGUGUCUGAAUCCAUAAAUAACUUGGUAUCUACCUGUAGAAUCAUCCAACAGAGUCAGCCCAGAGGCAUCGGGGAGCUCCAGAAAGGCAUCUUGGACGGAGAGGAGGACAUCCCUGGGCAGCGCAUCCUGUCUACGGGUUCACAUGACUCCACCAAUCCAGAAGACCUGAAGCAUCUGUUGUUGGAUUCACUUAGUCGAUUAGCUGGUGCUGUUAACAAUUUUCUGGUCAUGUACGCCAAAGCAUUUAGAGUGGACUUCACUGUAGAUCGCACAGUAGAUGCUACAAAAGAGCCUUGUGACAUAAGAGAAGUGCGAGAAAAGGUGUCAGUGAAGGUCCAGGGUUUGCACCGCCUUGAGCUAGAGUGGAAGUAUGAUGAGUAUUUUGUGGAGGUCCAGCUCUUCCAUGGGUCCCGCUGCAUUGGCCCGCCUGUGCACUCGCUCAACAAGAAGAUCACAGAUGACCCCAAGUUCUACCCUAAGGUUGUCUUCAAUAAGUGGUUGGACUUGGGAGCCCGCAUCAACACGCUGCCAAAGGAAAGCAGACUAGUCCUCACAGUAUUCGGCUUGAAGAUCAUUGAAGCGGAGAAUAAGAAUGAGCAGCCACAGUACAUCAGGGAGGAACUGGGAUGGGCAGCUCUGCAGUGCUUCUCCUAUGAAGGGAAGUUAACUCAGGGGUCGCACCUCCUGACCUUGUGGCCCAUGGUGAGUGACAAGCGUCUCGGGCCGGCUCCUUACUCCUCUGACCACCCAAGGGUUCACGGAUGCCCUGUCCUCUCUGUCGAACUGAAGGACUUUGGUGGAGAAGUGUACUUCCCUAGAAUAGAAGUUCCGCCCCCAACUAAGCUUGAGUUUUCAUCCCUAGACCUUAAUACUCAGCAGCAACUCUCGGAUAUCAUUGAGAGAGACAUAUUUAUCUUUAACAAAGGUUCAGUGGAGGAGCGCGAAAUUCUAUGGGAAAAGAGGCACUACCUUCAUGAGGAACCUGCUGCUCUUGCAAAGGUGCUCCUUGCAGCACACUCAUGGGAUGUCUCAUGCCUGCCAGAUCUUCACUCUCUUGUGAGGAAUUGGGCAUCUCCUGCACCUGCGGAUGCCCUGCAUCUUCUUCUGCCGUGUUUUGCUGACAGCAUAGUAAGGGGGUGUGCAGUAGGAUGGAUCAGAGGUCUGGGAUCCGAUGAACUCAUAAGCUUCCUACCGCAAUUGGUUCAGGCUGUGAAGCACGAAGCAUGGGACAUUUCACCAACAGCAGAAUUACUGUUAGAAAGAGCACUAACGUCACCCAGACUUGCACAUCAUCUGUAUUGGCUUCUCAACCAGUGCCUUCCUCUUCAGACCAAUAUGGGUGGUGAACGUGAAUUGGUGAGUGAUGCCAGAUAUCGUCGGAGGCUCAAUCUUGUCACUCGUGCGCUGAUGGCCAUCUGUGGAAAGAACUUGGAAAACAGACUUCUUACACAAGAGGCCAUACUCAGAAGUCUUUACGCCACAGCUGUGAACAUUAAGGACACAAAGGAUUCGCAGAGAAUGCAUGUCCUCAGCAGAGACCUGGAAAAUAUCCACUUCAAUUUGACGGAAAAUCCUACGUCACUGCCACUCUCCCCAUCGCUGGAAGUUGCUGGAGUGGAUCUCAAGAACUGUUCAUACUUCAAUUCCUUUACGGUUCCACUCAAGCUGGCUUUCUUGUCCUCGGAGGAUAAUACUGAUCCUAUUCAUGCCAUCUUUAAGGUAGGAGAUGAUCUUCGCCAAGACAUGUUGGUUAUUCAGAUGAUACGUCUAAUGGACAAACUGUGGCUGAAGGAAGGUCUCGACCUCAAAGUUGUCACCUUCAGUGUUGUUCCUACAGGAGACAAAAUUGGGAUCAUUGAGUUGGUGAAAGAUGCAGAGACACUACGAAAGAUCCAAACAGAGUAUGGCGUGACGGGAUCGUUCCAGGAUAGACCCAUUGCUGAAUGGCUGGCUAAGCAGAACCCAUCACAGCUUGAGUACCAGAGAGCUGUAGAUAACUUCACUGCUUCCUGUGCUGGCUAUUGUGUCGCGACCUACAUCCUGGGGAUAUGUGACCGCCACAAUGAUAACAUCAUGCUUAAAACUUCUGGCCACUUGUUCCACAUAGACUUUGGCAAGUUCUUAGGUGACGCGCAGAAAUUUGGGAGCUUCAAGAGGGACCGAACUCCUUUUGUGCUGACAUCAGACAUGGCCUAUGUCAUCAAUGGUGGAGAGAAGCCCUCAGACAAGUUCCAGGGCUUUGUUGACCUCUGCUGCCGUGCCUUCAAUAUUAUCAGGCACAAUGGCCACCUCUUGCUCUAUCUCUUUGCUCUUAUGGCUUCUUCCGGCAUUCCGGGAGUAACAUGGGAUGCAGUGACGUAUGUUCAGCGUGCACUCCUGCAGGACAAGACCAAUGCAGAGGCUGGAGCAAUGUUCUCACGCAUGAUCCAAGAGUCUCUGAAGUCUUGGUUCACACAGGUGAACUUCUUCAUUCACAAUCUAGCACAGCUGAGGUUUACAGGGGACCACUCCGAUGAUCUUCUCCUCUCCUUCAUUCCUCGGACUUAUACGGCAGCACAAGAUGGCAAGAUUCGCAUGGUACGACUCUACAGUUACCAAAAACGCUACAACCCCAACAAGUACUAUGUAUAUAUCUUGCAAGUGGACAGAGAGAACCAGAGAGAGCCGACGUACCUAUUCCGUUCAUACAGAGAAUUUUCAGAGUUCCAUCAGAAGCUGUGCCUUGUCUUCCCUCUGGCUAGAAUACACAGCAUACCAAAGGGCGUGCAGAUUGGAAGGUCAGAGGUGAAGGCAGUAGCUGAGAAGAGGAAGCUGGAGAUUGAGCUCUUCCUGGCAACCUUGUUUGACCUUGCGCCGGAGAUUUCCCACUCAGACCUCGUCUACACUUUCUUCCACCCACUCCUCAGGGACCAAGAGGAUACAGAUAUCCAUUUAAAGAAGCUGAAGGGUAAAGAUACGAGGGCAAGCAUCUCAUCUGCGGCACCAAACAGCGCUGUGCAAGGUCAGGUCAAGGUCAGUGUGCAGUACCUCAGAGGUCAGCUGCAGAUCAUGGUACACCAUGCGCGCAACCUUUCCCUGACGAGCCCUGGGCAGGAGCCGUCCCCAUAUGUCAAACUCUAUCUCCUGCCAGACCCCCACAAGAAGACCAAAAGGAAGACAAAGGUUGUCAAGAAAACAUGUCAUCCAACCUUCAUGGAGCCUAUCACAUACCGCAUGUCCCAAGACAUCAUAAAACAGAGGGUGCUAGAAAUUAGUGUGUGGAGUGAGGACAAGUUCAGCGAGAAUGUCUACCUCGGGAGUUGCUACCUCCGUCUCGCUGCCCUCGACCUAAAGGAGGAGCAGUGUGAGUGGCUUAGCCUGGAGCAUCAGCGCAACACAGCACUUGGACACACUAUCCAGCACAGAGCUUAGUUCUUAGAAUAAUUAUGACAAAAGGGCCCGAAAAUACUGAGCAUUAUAUUGACAGACACUUUGAUGAAGAGAGCUUUACAACCCGGUGUGGUAUACAUUUAUUGUGGUGUGUUGACGUAACUGAAGGCAUUUAUUAGAUUGUUUAUUUUUUUUUUUUUUUUUUCCCCCAUUUUUUUGUGGCUGAGAGGAACUUGGAAGCAAUUUGGAAACACAUCACAAAUGCAUGAAUUUAUUGUAAUACUUCCAGGUAUGGGAAGGUCAGUGCUUUGAUCAUUAGAUAUUAAUUAUAAUAAUAUAAGUAUUAUCUUUCUUCUUUAUACUGUUUGUUAGCAAGUGUGCAUUACAUCUCAGAAAUGACUUUUAAAGGUAAACACAAGAUGAAUAAAUAUGAUGAUGUUUCAUGAUAAUGGGAAUUAAUCGGCGAGUGAUUUUAUAUCUUAAUAUAUACACAAUGAUUAUGUGAAUGGUUCAAGAAAAGGUACCACGUGGUGUCUAAUAUUGGUGUUUGUCUUUGAUUACUUUGUAAUAUAACUUAACUUUACUAUGUGCAUAACCAUGUUCAUAUUCACAAUGAAUUCACAAUAUUUAAACUUUUAUUGCAAUUCCACAUCAGGCAAACAUAAAAGGAAUGACAAAGUUUUUAGACCUAGUAAUUUAUAGUGUAUAAAAUAAAUAUAUAUUUUUUCUGUAAAAAACAAAAAAAAAAUUAACCUCAUUUUGUAGAUUCAUUCUGUUAAAAGUAGAUUUUUAUAUAUGUCCAAUAAAAUCAGAUGUUGCGGAGCACCUCAGGGGUCCAUGACUUUGUGUAUACAGUGUAAAAGGCUCCUAAGUCAAUAUUAAUUUAUCAUGAACUAUUAUUAUCAUUUGUUUGACAUUGUAUAUUUUUAGGGAACAUUGCAAGAUCAGUCUGAGUAAUCAGUGUAAAGUUUUUAAGCAUACUCUUUUUUUCCAAGGAUUCAGUACCACAUGUGAAAAAUUAUAGUACUAGGUGGAUGUGCAUCAGUUUUUAAAGGCAAGAAUAUUGCUAGUCCCUCGGUUUAGUGAUGCAAAAGGGUCCCUGGCACAAGAUUAGGUUACAAUCCCUCUACUUGAUAAAUAGGAUCUGAGGAUAGUGCGCUUAUGCCUUCACAUUCAGGUACUAGAUAAAACAGGGUAGUUAGAGCUUAUGAAACUUUAGGAUUGUAGGGAAUUUUACACAUACACACACACACAUUAUGAAGUUACACAUAGCUUGAAUUAUCAGUCAGUGUACUAGGAACUUUCAGCACAGUAGGGCAGACUUUUGCAAGUGUAAUGGAAGAAUGUGUGUGAGAGAGUCGGAAAGAAGGCGCAUAGUAAAUGAAUGAAUGAGUGUGAUGGAACAAGAGUAAAAGAAUAAGGAGUGCGAAAGAAGAGGGAAGACAGAAAAUUGAGAAGGGAAUGUUAACUUCCUAGUGAGAGUAAUUUUCCUGCAAUAAAAUGUUUUACCUACACAUAAAUACUGAUUGAAUAUUUUAGCUGUAAUUGCUCACCAUGAUACUUGCACGACAGAUAUUGUAUAGAUAGAAUCACAUGUAUUUUUUGUAAGAGAUGAAAAAAUAGGUUACCAUAGUGUUAGUAACAAUAGACACACUAUAGGGAAACAAAUUACAAAUUCCUUCUAAACUGAUUUCAUUCUACUCACUGCUUUAUAUUCUAUUUUUUGCAAUACACUGUUAGCACAUGUUAGUACAUUGCACUCUGUGAAAUGUGUAUAAUCCAGCCCUAAAAAAAAAAAGAAGAAAAGAAAAGAAAAAAAGGAAAGUAUAUAUAUUUUAAUUAGUGCCCUGUUUAUAGAUAAUGUAAUGAACAGUUGCACUUUAAAGAACCGGUUUCAUUUUAGCCUUGAGAAAAGGAAGUAUGGCAUUGCUUGUGAUAUCAAGUGCUUUUCUCAUAUAUGUAAAAUCUGUUUGAAACUGACUGCUUGCUCGGAGAGUGUAGCACACAUGCACGCAUGUAUAAAAUAUAUAUAACUUUUGAUUGUUGAGACAAAUAAUCAUUGAUUUACUAUAUAUCUGAAAUCUGCAUAAGGUGUUUGAUAAAAAUUAUGUUGGAGGUUAUAAUGUAAGAGGCAUUAUUGUUUUUAUUUUUUAAAUAAUUUUCUUUUUAUUGCUUAUCCUUUUUGCAUUAUCUUACUGAAAUGAAGUGCAACUGUAAAGUCUUGUCUUUUUACUUUGGUGACAUGUCACAGAGGAGACUGAGUUACCGACAGUGCAUGCCAGAGACAGUGCAAAGUAGGUGUCCUUAGCAUGGUUUGUAAUGAUAGGUUUAGCCAGGAGAUAUGUGGGUUGUUUUGCAUGUAGCUGAAAUAUAUUUGCAUUUUUUCAUUCUUUCUUUCUUGGUUGGUUGUUCACCUUGUGCUAUUGGAGUCCAGAUUCUGGCUAGUGAUAGGAAUGGUGAUGAAGCAGACUGGAUGCUUAAUCCAGAAUGUAGUUUUUCUACGUGUGAUUUUGAUGGUCUUGAAGUACUAAAGAUAAAUUUGAGGAUGUCAUCAACCUGAGAAGGAUUUAGAAACUAGAUGUCUUAUUGUACUUGUGUGCUUUUAAAGUAACCUUUUUAUAAAAAUAGUGAUAAAAUGUUUUGUUAAGUUUGUUUUUAAUCUGUUUGUCCCAAGGUGUGUGUUCCUCUUAUUGAAACCCCUUUUUUGUAAAGACAAAUGUAGCUAGGAUAUCCUUGCACAUUCCUCCUUUUAUCAUGGUACCAUAUCCUUACUGGCUUCCAGCUGUCAUAAAUGUUAAGCUUCCUUUUCCAGCAUGAUGAUUUUAAACUAUAAAUGUACGACACAUUAUUGUGUAUAUAGAAUGAGACAUUUGAGACAACCUGUGGCUUCACAAGCAGGUUUUUUCCCCAGUGAAGACAUUUUUUAAAAACAGAAUAAUAGUAAAAGUUAUCGUUGAUUUAAAAAAAAUAUUUUUGUAAAUAUUUGUUGUCUCUAAAUGUUUAAAUGAUUUGAUAAAUAUUCCACCAGAUGCUUUUGUUGUGUAAGAACCUUGUAAUGUGCUUCAUGAAUCAGUGUAAUUUUAUAUCUGUUUGGUUGUUCACAUCAAUAUUGUCCUCAUCUAUUUCCCUAGGCAUCUUUAUUAUUCUUUGUCUCCAUGUGUGUAUUGCAAUGUGUGCAAUCUAUAUUAGUUUAUUUCUCUAUGUAUGAUGCAUAGAGAUAAUGCAAGUCUGUCUCUCUCCUCUUUUUCCCUAUCAUUUCUGCACUUCUUCAUGUCCCUCUAUGCUCUCCUCUUCUCUUUUCUGUAUGAGACCAAAUAUGUGGUAUACCUUGAAGAAGCAUGUUUAUAUUUCAGUUAGUUUUUGUAUUAUUGAUAAAAUACUUCUGUUAAGAAAAGCAGGUUUUAUCAGUGCUCCCAUUCUAUUUAUCCAUUUUAUCAGCAGUUUCAUUAUUAUUACUAUUUUUAAUAAUUGAUGACAAUAUUAUGAAUGUAGAGCAUUGCUUAUAAAUGCAUUGUAUCUUGGCCACAGUCAUUUGAGCUAGAUGUGAACAAUGUCAGUUCUGCAUUAAUCUUGUGUAGCAUAUUUUGGAUGCCACAUUUUUUGUACCCUUUGUAGAGACUCAGUAUCACUAGACAUUGCAAAUUCACCCCUAUUUUUUCACAGUACUUUAUUAUCACUUCACUGUUCCAUGUAAUAAUAAUAUUUUUGGACAAACUCCAUUCACAUAAGCUCAAUUCAGGCAGCUAUCACUGCCACCAGCACUGUAAUGUUUUUAUUAUUGUAAAACCCUCCUGACCAAGAAUUUAUCAGUUUUGGUCAAAUUUAGUUUUUCAUGUAGUGCUUAUACUGUCAGAGUCCCUUUGAAAGUAUAAUAAUAUUCAUACUUAAAGACACACUAUAUCCUUUCUUUUUUUUUUAUUAAUUAAAGCUUGGAUCAUUUGAUGUCCUUUAAGUUUUGUCUACUCAGACUCAAUAAUGAUACUAAUCUAAGCAGACUAGUCACUGAAAAAAUCUUUAGACAAGAGAUGUAGGCUUAGAUUCUCGGUAUUAUCACAGUCCGAGAAUGUUCUAGGUUAAUGCACCCUUUGCUUUGAAUUUAGCUUCUCCUAGUUGUAUGCCAUGUCUAUUUUUUUAUUUUACUUUAUUUUUUUUAAUUAUUUAAUUAGACAUGGUAUCAGAUAAUCUAUUAAAGGCACUCCCAAAUAACCUAAUUAAGUAUUGCUGCAACCAAAGGCGUUGUUUUUGUUAAUGUUGUGAGGUAUCAGCUAGCAUGAAAUGGUACAAACUUUUUUUCAUUUAUUUUUUUUUAUAUUUUUACUUUUUUAUUACUUCUUAUUUUUUUGUGCGUUCCUUUUCUUGAAUAGGCAUUCCGCAGGUUAUGUUAUGUUCACUCCUGCAUUCCCUAUGUUCCUUGGCUUGAUUAGUUGCAUGCAUUAUCAUGAUCUUUGACGGUCAAUGAUAAGCCUCUUAUGCUUUCAUGUACAAGUGUUAAACUUUUUAUGUUGGCUGCAUGAGCAAAAUAUUGAGCAAUUUUAUUGAUAGUUUUUUUAUUAAUAUUUUUUUUCUUGAUGUAACACCUAUUAUACAGUUUACUUUGAACUGGAGGACCUAUGAAAGGAAGACUAUAGUCUACCUUUUUGUUAAGAGAAGGACCAAGUCUGGCUGGUCAGUAUAUUGUCCCAAGCAUGCAAAAGGUAAAUGCUUGUUCAUAAGAAUGAUAUAUAUUUCAAGAUUUUAUAUAAUAUGCUUAUGUAAAUAAAGUUUGUAUUUAA